AUGAGAAUUUGGUUACUCUUACUAUCAACAAUUAUAUGUUACAAUGCCGUGAUUUCAUUCUCAUCUUCCAAUAAUUUGAGAUGGGUUCCUCCGAGUGCUCACGAAUGGAAAAACAGUAAUAUUCCGAAGAAUAUAAAGGUGUAUUGGGAGAAUCGAUGGGCGAAAUCUUCAUAUCUGAAAGGGUGUAGUGAAGACAACAGUCUAAAGAUAAUUCCAGUGUAUUUCUGGCCGGGAGAACGGGUUGAUCUACCCUGUAAAAUGUGUCAAAUGUCAUAUUUAAUGAAUGGAAGAAUGAAAAGAUGGGGAUAUUCUGAACAAAUUGAUGAAUUCCUUCUGAAUCCAACUCAGUUUGUCAGAGUAAAUGAGAUCUGGAAAGACGUUCAAAAUACUCAGAAUUUUACCGAAAACAAAGAAGACGUUGAUUCGGAUAAUAUCAUUUGGUAUCCACACACAUUAGUUACCGAUGAAAGUGAUAAGAAUCCAUCUUUUUUCUCAUCCAAAAAGGAAGCAAAUUUCACAAGUAGAUCAAAAGAACCGCCAAGAUUCUGGCAGAAUGACGGAAAAUUGACAAUAUUCGGGGCAGAUGUUCGUUCACAAGGCGUCUAUUUUUGUUACGAUGAGAUAUCUCGAAAACAAACUGUCAUAUUUUUUGUUCUGAUUGCAAUGGUACCGCCUGUAAGGUUUACAACAAAAAAUCCACUUGAUUACACUGAUCAUUGUGGGAACAAUCUAGGAAAAGACUCUGAACUGAUAUUUCCAUCUCACAAUUGGAGAUUUCAUUUUCUUCCGAUGGGAGACUUCAAUCCAUCUCCCACUUGUCAAUUGGAUGAAACUGAUUCCGAAGGUUGCAAACAAAAAUAUUCGUAUCUUGACACUGAGAAAUGGCCGAAGAAUUUUGCCGAAGACUGCUCUAUGGAUAGAUGCAGAGCUCGUUUGUAUUCUCCUGAUAAUAAUAUUGAUUUGUAUAUUGAAUUGAGAUGGGAUGAAUUCACUUCUUGCAAAGGAGAUCAACCCACAAAAAGACGGGAAGGACAUUGUUAUUUAGUGAGAGGAGGAGGCUCAAUUAAUAUUGAAUCAAUGAAAUCCGAACAUAAAAAAUUAUACUCGUGGAUUAAAAACCUAGAAACUGUUUUCGAUCGGAAACCAUUCGAUGUGAAGGGAAUACGUUUACAUAGCUCGUUACUAACAUCUGCAAUUUUUGAGAAGCCUAAAAUAACUGGAUGCUAUAACAAAAAAGACGAAGAAGACAAGCUGUAUAAGAAGUAUGAUCAGGUUUGGCGACACGUGUUUCUGCCAACACUUGGAGUUCCGGAAAAUGGGGCUGUUGUCCAAUUAGGAAAUCCUUUCGAAUCAUGCAUCCGAUAUACGAGAUUAGCUGUGGAAGAAAACAAAGAUGCUGAAAGUGAGAAUCUUGUUGGAACUUUCUCAACUCAAGUUGAUUACUGUUGA